UCUGCGUGCAAAAAAAGAAGACGCAGACGUCAGACCUCGCCUCCGUGCUUGCCUGCUCAACCACCGCCGCCGUGAAAUUGUUGUUGCAAACUAAUUGUAGAAUUGUUGGCGGAAUUGCGCCGUCUGCCGCUGCAUGGACUGUCCGACCGGCAUGCUGAUGGUAGCUGCUAGACGAUUAUCGGAUUUUUAGUUUUUUAAACACCGUGCCUUGGCGGAAAGGAGACGAUUUCGUUUUAUUUAAGGUCCAGCGACAAUGAACGAACAGGAGGCUGGUGUGGUCUCGUUUGAUGAAUACGUGCGCCAGAAGGCCCGAACUGUACCCCAGCACAGGAUGAAGGAGUUCCUGGAGUCCCUCUCCAAGGGGGAGUUCAGUCAGCAGGGAGGGGCGACCACCACCACGACCACCACCACAGCAGCCAUGGUUUACCAGGCGCAGACCAACAACUGCGUCUACACUGAUAGCACUGAGGUGGCCGGCUCUUUGUUGGAACUGGCCUGUCCGGUUCAGCUUACUUCAGCGGAGAUUUCACCCCAGCUUUCCAUGCAUUCAGAAUCGGAGCAGCAGCAGCAGCUUCAAGUGCAGGUCCAGAUCCAGGAGCAGCCAGUUCUGCAGAUGGCCACGUCCGCUCAACAAGACAUACAAGGAAUGUCGACUUCCCAACUCGUGCCACAGGAAGAACUCACAGAGGAGCAGCAGCAGCAGAUUCAGGCACAGCUGGUUGCAGCUGUUGGCGGGGAGCAACAGAUUCAGUUGGCAAGUGGUCACCAAAUCCAGCUGCAAGGUACGCAGCAGAUACAACUGGCGGAUGGCCAACAUAUUCAGCUGGAGGCUGGCCAACAGAUUCAGCUCCAAGGCGGACAGCAAAUUCAGCUGCCGGGCGGUCAGCACAUUCAGCUGCAAGGCGGGCAACAGAUUCAGCUACAAGAUGGACAACAGAUCCAACUGCAGGGCGGACAGCAGAUCCAACUUCAAGAUGGACAGCAGAUCCAGUUGCAAGACGGGCAGCAAAUUCAGCUCCCGGGUGGGCAACACAUCCAGCUCCAGGGUGGACAACAGAUUCAACUCCAAGAUGGACGGCAGAUUCAACUCAUGGGAGGGCAGCACAUCCAGCUACAAGAUGGACAGCAGAUACAAUUACCUGACGGACAACAGAUUCACAUCCAAACGAUCGAGGCCAUAUCGCCUGCGCAGCAGCAGAACUCUCCCCGGGAGACCGAGAGGCGGCCCGGUUCCGCCUCAUCUGUCCUUCCACCCGUCAAGAAGCGCAAGGUUGACGCUCCCCUGACCGUGUCCUACGCCGUUCCGCAGGGGCAGCAAGUGGCCACAGUCAUCGCCAUCCCUCAAGGGCAGCAACAAAAUUACGUGUCCCUGAGGCCCGAUUUGCUCACAGUCGACAGCACGCAGUUGUACAGCGCCACAGGGACGAUCACAGGCCCCACGGGGGAGACGUGGACCAUCCCCGUCUACUCGACCGCCCAGCAGCAGGGCGUGACUCACAUCACUAUACCGCAGGAGACAUACAACACGGUGCAACUCGCCGCUGCCAACGGCAAGACCGGUUCAUCGGUGAGGUCCGCAGAUGCGCAGUCUGUGUCGAGCGGGACGCAGGAAGAAAUCGUACAGACGCUGUUUCCCGCCCAGUUCAUGAAUGGGAACAUUCACAUCCCGGUAGCUGUCCAGACAGUGGGAGGGACUUACAAUACAACGCAGUCCGUGCACAUUUGGGACCCCAGUCAGCAACAGAGCCACGGGGACGGAAACGAACAACAAAUUCAACUUCAGGAUCAAGGAGAAAACGAUGCCAAUGCCGAACCGUCAGCAGAAAUUUUAGUUCCCGUCUCUCUGAAGCCAGAUGAGGGCCUGGAGGUGUGGCGCCUUUGGGUCAAGAGGAAAAAUGCCGAGCUAAGCAAGCAGGACCAGAUAAAACUCGCACCCAUUGGACGUCGCCAACCGUUACGUUUUCAAGAGGACUUGAUCUCCAGCGCGGUAGCCGAGCUCAAUCUUGGUCUUGCCCUCAUGACGCAGGAGGCCCGAGGAUCAGAGGAGGAAGAAUUCGCUCCAGAUGUUCUGUAUUAUGUCUUCUUAUGUAUACAAAAGUAUCUCUUUGAAAAUGGACGCGUGGAUGAUAUUUUCUCUGAUCCAUACUACAUUCGAUUCUGUGAGAGUUUACAUAAAACCCUCACUGGUUGGAAGCCCAGUGUUCAUCCUUUAGGUUACAUCAUUCCGAGUCAUGUGACAGAGGAGAUGCUAUGGGAAUGUAAACAGCUUGGUGCACAUUCACCUUGGACUUUGUUAACAACUCUGAUGUACUUUAACACAAAAUGUUUUCGUCUGCUGACACUUGAGCAGCACCUGAAGGUGGCCUUCUCUAAGGUCUUAAGACACACCAGGAAGAACUCCACCAAUAUGAAGGACAAAGCAACUACUAUCCGCCUUCUGAAAGGGCAAAGUUCACAUAAAGGACCGGAUGACUUGUAUGACGAACAGAUCGAGGAUCCAGAGAAUCCACUUCGUUGCCCGAUCAAACUUUACGACUUCUAUCUCUUUAAAUGCCCCCAAAGUGUCAAAGGUCGUAACGACGCCUACUACAUGACCCCGGAGCACGUCGUGGCGCCGAACAGUCCCAUGUGGUACUCGUCCCAGCCCCUCACGAGUAAGCAGGUGGAGCAAACGCUGGCGCGCAUCCUGGUGGUCCGAGAGAUCCAGGAGAUCAUUGGCGCCGCUUCCGAGAGUUAAAAGGAGGCGAGUGAUAUAGAGCCAGAGGAAGAUUGUACAAUUCCGUCACUGAUUGUUGACUCUGCUCCCCACCACUUGGCUCAAUAAAACUCAGCAAUCACAUGGAGAACCCAAUGAAAGAGUUGUUGAAGCUCGCUGUGAGAGAAUUUGUCCUUUAAUAUGUUUUCAGACGAAUCCAUGGUCGAUUUCAGGAACGUAAAACUGGACUGGGAGGGAAACGGAAACAGUUUCAGUUUCAAGUAUUUUCAAGAUGAGGGUAUUUAACCGUUUACUCUUCUUUAACCUCAUCCUUUUUGUUACCAUGCCAAUCUCCUUGCAGGGACCACUGCACGCAUUUUUUUCCCCUUUUUCUUUUUUUGGUAUUGUGUUCAUAUGUACAAAGAUGACCCCGUGCCUGUUUUCAAAGUGUGGUCUAAGUUGUCUCAAGGUAAAGUGCUACAUUGUAGUAUUUCGGGAGACUAGAAACUUUCUCAGGUCAAAGAUUGUCAUUGAUUGAGAGAUUCAUAAAGACAUUUUCAACAUC